UCUGUAUAGUGCAUAUUUUCUGACCUGGCGAAGAUAUUUUUAGUACAGACUUUACCAUUAAAAACAAUAGGUAACUUGUGCAUAUCGGAUUUAUUCGUACGGAAUGAAACCAAAUCUAACGAUGUAGCCGAUUACCCUAAACUAAAUGAUAGAAUGGUCCAUUUAUGACCUUUCUAUAAAUAUCUCCGCCAGGUCAGAAAAUAUGCACUAUAACAUGGCUAAAAGAACAAUAGAGAGAACAAUAAAGUAGCCACAUGAAUACCCUUACGUAGGUAUGUCCGUCCAUCCAUCACACUUCAUUUUCGAUCAACAACUGGAGAACCAUUUGACCUAAAACCUUCAAACUUAAUAGGAUGAUAGGGCUUACAGAGUAGAUGACCUCUAUUGUUUUUGGGGUUCCAGGAUCAAAGGUCAAGUUCACAUGGAGCUGAACAUGGAAAACUGUUUCUGAUCAAUAACUUGAGAACCACUUGACCAAGAAUGUUGAAACUUCAUAGGAAGAGUAGAUGAAUCCUAUUGAUGUUUGGGUCACUUGAUCAAAGGUCAAGCUCACAGGGACCAGAACAUUGAAAAUGGUUUCCGAUCAGUAACUUGUAAAAGGUCAGAGUCACAUGGGCCUGAACAUGGAAAUCACUUUCUGAUCAAUAACUUGAGAACCACUUGACUCAGAAUGUUGAAACUUCAUAGGAUAAUUGGACAUGCAGAGUAAAUGACCCCUGUUUAUUUUGGGGUCACUUGAUCAAAAGUCAAGGUCACAGGGGCCAGAACAUGGAAAACCGUUUCCAGUUCAUAACUUAAGAACCACUAGGCCCAGAAUGUUGAAACUUAGUGGGAUGAUUGGACAUGCUAGUAGAUGAUUAUUGACUUCUUGCAUAUUACUAUGCAUUGAUGAAGAUAUGAGCUUUUCUACAAAAGCAUCUUCUGGUUACUUCUAAUUCUCAUCUGGUGGUCACACACACUCCAUACCUCAGCUGAUUUUGCAAUUUAUAGCUCCCUUGUUGCAUACACAGGUCUUUUUAUACCCUGUAUCAGUGUAUGAGAUUAAUAUUAGCCCAAAGGGUUACUAUAGGAAUAUAGAUGCUUUGUAUUUUAUGCAUCUUUGAAUGCAUGAGGCAAUAUUUAUGGUACCCAUACACGGAGAUAUAUUUGAUUUUGCACAAGUUAUUGCCCUUUGUGUUUUUUUCAUAUUGUUAUGGUACAUUUUAGAUUAAGUGCAAUUUGUCGAAAUUCUUCUUUCUUAAUCAUGAUUAACUGAAUGUUAUGUUUCUCUCCAGACAUCAUUCAUUAUGCUUAGAUGAACAAAUUGUUAAAAGUGUUAAUUUACCAGAGUGAUGCCUCUUAGCUGAUUUUUGCAGUAGACUGUAUAGCACAAGGUAGAAUUGCCAGGUCACACUAUGAGAUAUAAUUAGCUUUGCUUAUGCCAGUCAUAUAACUGAAAGAAUGCUUGAGCUUAUUUCUGUCAAACUUAUUAGGAUGUUUGCACAUGAUUAGUAGACAGUACUAUAGGUUUAUGUAGUCAGUGUGUUUAAGGUCAAGGUUAUUGAUCAGUGACUGGAGAAUUCUUGGGCUUUAGGUAUUGAAACCUCUCAGGAUCAUUGCAUGUAGACAAAGGAUAAUAUUUAUUGCUGUUGUGGUCAGUUGGUCAGUGGUCAAAGUAAAAGUGAUUUAAGAUUGAAAAACAGUUUCUGCUCUUUGGAUUUACAUUGGUCAGUAAAUGAUCCAUAUUGGUUUUGGGGUAACAAGGUCAGAAAUUUAGGUCAGAGUUACUCCAGAUUUUAACCAGUAACCUGAGAUGUUAGAUGAAAGGUCAAGGUCAUAGCAACUUUAAGAGCAUAUAUAUACUUUAUAUGAACAGAUUUUUUUACAACAUAUUUUUUGCCGCUUCAUAGGCAAGCAAAAUGCUGCUAGAAAAGUUUUUGAAAGCAUUUAAUUUUCAUAAAGGAUUUCAUAGCAAGAAUUUAAUGAUUAAAUUUGACGUCAUUGCUCCUUUUUUUAAAUAAUCAUGGUAUAUUCUCUUUUGAAUUAUUUUAGUGUUUCAAAAAUGUUAUCAGAUUAAACAAUGUUUUAUUCAAUUUUAUCAUUUGUAUAACCCGCGUAAUAUUCAUUUAUUGACACAGUACCAAUAUUUGAUAAUUGUAUGUCUCUACAAUAAAGGUGAUUGGAUAUCAACAAGUGCUGCUAUUGACUUCAGUAGAUAGAAACCUGUUACAUUCGACAAGGUGUAUUAACUAUUUGUAUACUGUUCAAGACAUUUGAUAUCAAUUGGUUUAAAUUAGGAUUGGAUGUUAAGCACUGUCUUGUUAUAAAUGUUUACAAUAAUUAUUAUAGUUAGAUUGAAGAUUGAAUUCAUUAAAAAUUAAAAUGAUGUGAAAGAACUGUUGUUGUGACUUUUAGAUUUCUGUCCAUUUUUUUAAAUGGCUGCAUAGACAUUAAGGGAUUUUCUAUGGAUUAAAAAUGAAGACAAUUGCCGUAAAUCUUGAUCCAGUUGAGGUUGAUAUUGAAGAUGUUGAGGAUUUCCUGGCCACGGAUGACUUGUUUGUGGAGUACUUCAAUGUCUUCCUUGCCCUGCCAACAUUUCCUGAGCCCCUGUAUUUCAACAAGGAUACAGGAGGUUUUGAGGUGGUCAGUGCUGCCAAGAAAGAGCUGGCAAAGAAAAUCAAGGAGGCAUUACGGUCGCAGGCUCGAACCCCUAGGAUCUACAGAGUUGCCAAAAAACACAGCUUCAUCGAUAUACCUCUUAUACCUAUAGAACAUGAAAAAGAGGCAGAGAAUCAAGAAAUACACACUAGUUUCACAGUCACAACACUGAAUAAAGAGCAAGGUAUACACUGGGUGAAGGCAGAAAGAUUGCCGUCAUUUCUGGAAAGUGAUCUGUACCUUGAAUAUCGACUGUCAAAGCUGCUGGGUCAGGCCAGGAUUACUGGAGAACAAGGAGAAUAUGUUCUCAUGAAGAUUGAUUACAAACCUAGGGUGAAAAAGGCAAAAAAGAAAGCGGAAGAUGAAGAAGUAAAGGUGGACCCAAAGGAGGUGUUGAUGAAAGAUUUGUAUGUCUGCAUGGGAAAUGCUAGCACCACAGAAACUGAUGCCUGGUACAGCACAGCGAAGAUAGCCACCGAACAUGAGACCACUUACACCUCACCUUCACGUCCAACUAGUGAGAGAGUCAGAUCUGCCACAAGUACACGCCCUACAAGUGCGCGACCCACCAGUGCUUACAGCGAUCCAUAUAAUAGAUCAGAUAGCGGACUGGGAAUUUCCUUGAAAGGCUCAGCCAAAAGCACGAAGAAUAGUUCAUACAGUACUUUAUACCAGUCUAAGUACAGUCAGAAUGAACACGAGGAUGAUAUAAUGAUGAGCAAACUUUUCUCUGGAGACAGUAAACCUACACAUCGUGUAACGGACAAUCUAUGUGUUAUAAAUAAAGACAGACCAUAUAGCUCUAUAGUAUAUUCCACUCCUAAACCAGAACAAAGGGUGGAUUUUAAGUCUGAAGAUGCAGAAUUAGGAAUAAUUGAUGAUGAUGAACGAGACUCUGGUAAAGGUGAUGAUGAAAAUAUUGAUAUGAACGAUAGUCUUGCAUUAGAGUCGGAACCAAUAGUGUUUAAGAAUAUAGAUGAUUUAGGAUCUGUUAUAGUUGGUGUGGUUUUAAAGAAAGCUGUUGGACAGUUGACAAACCUCGAAGAAGCUGAGUUAGAAAAAAUUCCAGAAAUUUAUGAACUUUUUCAAGGAGGCCAGUUUUCAAAACUCACUGUAGAAUCAUUAGACCGAGUUACACUUCUUGAAGAAAACAAAGAAGAGAAACCUGAAGAAGCUACUACUACUGAGCAAGAGAAUGAACAGAAAAUCAGUGAAAGAAUGAGGAAGAAUAUGGAGGAGGAGAGUGAUGUGGAUUCAUUGUUAGACAGUGAGGAGGAUUACGAAGAAGAAGAUACUUUCUUCCGAAAACACAAGUUCAAGACGUACAGUCUGAGUACAAGGAAAGGUGUAGAUCAGUUUAAAAGAUUCUUGAAGGGCACGCUAGGUGAAAGGAACUGGAAUUUAUGGGUAGACAUUGAUAGGAUGAGACUGAUGACCAAUCACAGUGAGAUACAGCUGUACCUGUGUUGGUUGAGAGAGAAGUACCACAAGCCUGGUGCCGAGUUUGAGCUUACAGUCGAGCAGAAGAUACAGCUGGGUCUGUCUGAACCUUCUGCUUGGACCAUGGAUAAACUGAUGAUGGUUCACAACCAAAUAGCUGAACCUCUUGUACUUUACUGGGCACCUAGAUUCUUACUGAAACAGAUGAUGAGAACCAACCCAGACAAGAAUCUCCUUUACCAUCACCUUAAGCAUCUCCAGCAUCCAGCCGGCAUAGAUCCAAACCCGCCUACAGCAUCUCUCUUACCACUCAGGCCAAAGUCAUGUCUUCCAAGAAUGAAAGUUCAAGAGCCAGUCAUAGCACCUCAGAUUCAGCCAAUAUAUUUUGAGCCACCAGAUACCCUAGAUACUUCUCCUCCUGUAGGCUUGAAAAGGACCUACGCUGAGCCUACCAUCAAGUUCAUAGCCAACUGGCAGAAAGAACAAAUGGUUCACACGCAGCUGCUUUCUCCACGACUCAAUGUGGCGCGAACCUCAACACCAAGGUUAAGAAGACCUGCCUCGGCUAAAAUUCCGAGAAGAACUUCAUUGGUCUCAUUGUCCUCUAGACCAAAAUCGGCAGUGAAGCCAAGUACCCGCCCCUCCACCGCUCACUCAACGUCAUCAAGAAUAUCUGUUGAGUCUGCAACAGGGCGUGUACGUAUAAAGUCACCUGCUCAAAGUUCAAUGAAUGCAGGGUCAAAGGCAUCAGGAACUCCAAGGUCAAGGCCAUCAUCAGCAGCAUCAAGUAUAGCCUCAAUCAGAUCAGAGGACCUUUCCUCAGAAGUAUCAGAAUUUCUGGGAGGAAAUAGAAUGGAGCACCUGCUACAAGCUUUACACCAUGAGAAUGACUCUGGUAGCUUUUUCCGUAAAUAUGUGGAGAGAAGUGGUAGCAAGAUAUGGAUAGAUAACAUGAAUUUUUGGAGAGAUAUUCAAGCCUAUCACAUGUUAUUCUAUGGAAAAUAUAUGGACCCAUACAUUGUUCAUAAAAAAGCUAAGUCAGUAUACUCUAAAUACAUAGUGGUUGGUGCAAAACAUCAUCUAGGUCUAGGAGACGAGAUAGCACAGGAAAUACGCAGUCACCUGAUACCACCAUUUGAGGAACUAUUUGAUGAUGCAGAGGAACACGCCAUCACAGUGCUGUAUGAGGCAUGGCAGGAAAUGUGGGAAAUGGAUCAGAAAACAUACCACAAGGUUGAGUUAAUAGAGGUGAAGAGACAUUUGGAGACAAAAUCAAAAUAUGUCCUUAACCUACAGAAGAGUGGACUAAUCAAAGCUAGAGUUAGUACCCCUGAUGUAAUGGAAGGAUAUGAAGAUCCAGUUUAUGAUGAGGCCCUGAUUGAAAACAUUCCUGAAGAAUUUAAAGAUUAUACGCUCGAGAAACUCGUGCAUAACCGUAUAGAGCUAGAACACUUCCGGAACUUCCUGGCUGAAAACUACGCCAGUAUGGACAUCAUGUGUUGGAUGGAUAUUGAAGCGUUCCGUAGAAUCACACACACUGAUGAGAAGAAGAGGGAUGCAAAAGCUCGGGAAAUCAAAAUGAAGUAUCUUAAUAAGAAAUAUUUCUUUGGUGCUAACAGCCCUGCUGGUAAAGAGGGACAGGACAAAGUUGCAGAAGCUGGAGGUGGGUGGGGUAAACUUCUGGAAGACAGACCUCCUAAUCCCAUGAUCCUUGAAGCACAGAAGUAUGUGAGGGACAGACUAGAGAAAAAAUGGCUGCCUCUAUUCCUUGCAACUCCAGAGUUUGCAGUGAGGCAAAAACCUAGACAGAACAUGGAUGAUGUUGUAGAUGAUGUCAUGGUGCAGAAAAAGAAAAAGUCUCUGAAUAUGUUAAAGCUUCUGGAUAGUAAGUGGAUGUCCUCUACCAAUGAAAUCAUUAUCUUCCGUAAAGCAUUGUUGAACCCAGUGACCUCUGUACAGUUCAGAAGGUUUGUCUCUAUCAAGGGAGAUAGUCUAGAAAAUGAUGUACUCUUCUGGUUGGAGGUUCAAAAAUUUAAGGACAUGUACCAUGCCCACUGUGAGGACUCUAUGAUCACUCAGAAGAUCAACACAAUCAUCAACUGCUUCAUUGAGUCACAGAUCCCGCCUAGUCUACAGAUAGAUAUACCACCAGAGAUGGCUGACAGGAUCAUAGACAGGAAAUAUGAGAAAUGUCCCUACCUCUUCAGAGAAGCUCAGUUGGUGGUGUUUAGAGUGCUAUUCCCACACUGGAAAGAGUUUUGUGAUUUCCGUCUUAAUCUCGCUGAGGAGAAAGUUCUUCCGACAAUUGAAAGACGUCGCAAACAUGCCAGAGCUAGAGAGAGAAAGCGCUUACAGGAAUUAGAGGAAAAACAAGCCAAGGGGAAAAUGCGUUACGUAAAAUUUCGGGAGGCAGAGAGGCGAGCUGCCAUGGGAUUACCUCCCUUGGGAGAAGAAGAGGAUGUGUUUCACGAUCCAUUUAAGGCCCUGGGUGGGGCAGAAAGUGUUGAGGGUGAUGCAGAGGUGGAGGAAAAAGACAAGAUUUCAUGGACUUACUCUAACUACAUGAAUGCUUUAGAAAGAGAGGAACUGUUAAAUAAUACUGAUGAAUCAUCAUUUACCUCACUGCUGACAGAUACAGCUUCAGUAAAGAGUGUAGGCACUGACAGAGCCUCGGUUGGAAGUCAAUCUGAUGAGAGGAAAGGAAGUAAGACUGAUGGAGACUCAGAAAGGAAGAGAUCUGUGGAGAAUGGAGAAAAUGGUAAGCCAAAAGGUACAGGAAAUGGUAGUCGAAAGUCAUCUAUGGAUGUCCCUCUGCUUGGAGAACGAAGAAUGUCCCGACAGUCGAGAUCUGAUAGCCUUCAAUCACAGCAGAAAGUGACUAUACAAGAUCCAAAAUCUCCUAGCAUCAAAUCAAAACAAAAAGUCUAGAUUAUAGAACUUUAUUUACAUAUCAUAAAUUGUAUUACAAUUACUUUCAACACCCACUUUAUUAUCAAGUUAUAAAGGCUGAUCAAGUUAUGGUUAUGGAUUUAGAAUGUCAGAAAUUUUGAGUUUUUUUAGUAUACACAGUUGUUGGGAACAGGCAGUAAAACAUAGUGUACAUUAUAAAUAUUUUUUGAAUAUGUGAUAUGGUCAUUCUGCACAAUCUGAGUCAUUGCUGACUAUACUACAUCAUAUCCAUAUGCUUGUAUGUUUACUUUAGGUUUAAGGAAGCACUAUUGCUUUAAGGUCAUGGGUUUAGAUCUUAUGAGUAGUUAAAUUUUGCCUGUGAUUUACUUUAUUGUCUUAGAUAUGGCCAAAGCUUUAGUAGGUUACCAAAAAUCCUGUCAAACAUUCCUUAUAUGGUACAUGUUAAACAUAAUCUACACAUGUUUGCUGAUUUAAAGUGGUACUGCAUGUAAAUAAGACAUUUAUAUGACUUGCAGGAUAGCAAUUGUUACUGGUGAUCAAUGUGUAAAUAUGCCACCUAGCGGGUGCUUUAAGAGAAUUUGUAUUAUUAUAAUACAUAAGGUUACACUUGUGCAGUGCAUGUUCUCAAAUCCCAUGUCUUUGAUUCAACAGCACCACUUUAACAGAAAACAACAAAUGUGUUUGUUUUACUGUUGCUACAAAGUCAUGUUUUUCUUAUGAAAAAUCUAAAUUUUUCAGUUUAGAAACUUCUUCUUUAUAUAUUUUCUAUUUCUGUAUUUGAGCUGCACCAUGAGAAAACCAGCAUAGUGCAUUUGCGACCAGCAUGGAUCCAGACCAGCCGGCGCAUCUACGCAGUCUGCAGGAUCCAUGCUGUUCGCUUUCAAAGCCUAUUGCAAUUAGAGAAACCGUUCCAUGCUGGUCGCAAAUGCACUAUGUUGGUUUUCUCAUAGUGUGGCUCAUUUAUGCUUUUCAUUAUCUAUAACCUGUUGUGCCAAUACGUCUAUUCCUUCCAUGAGAAGUUCAUAUAUGUGAUAGCUAUUGUAAAUUGUAUAUAUGAAAAUACUUGCAUUGUAAUGAUUGUCUCAACUAUUUUCAAGUACAAAUUUCUCUUGGUAUAAUAGUUUACAAACUUAAGACAUAGUUUUAUCUUCCUUUUAGAUAUGUAUUAUAUUUUUAUGAAUAUUUUAUCCAUAUAAACUUUUUUUUUUUUUUACAUUUUGUGUAUUUAUUUGUUAGGUAUAGAUACAAUCUGACUAAAGUUCAUGAUCUUCUAAACGAAGGGCUGAGGAUGACCCAUUCACAUUCAUCUUUCUGUAUAUUUGGAUUUUCGAUAUUGCUAUUUUUAUUUUCGCAAAAUUGUUUUUAGCUCACCUGAGCCAAAAGCUCAUGGUUAGCUUUUGUGACCGCUCAAUGUCUGUCAUUAGUCGUCCAUCGUGUGUCGUGUGUCCGUCAACAUUUUAUAAAAAAAUCUUCCUCUUGAAAACCACUGGGCAGAAUUACACCAAACUUCACAGGAAUGAUCCUUCGGUGGUCCCCUUUCAAAAUUGUUCAAAGAAUUUAAUUCCAUUUAGAACUCUGGUUGCCAUGGCAACCGAAAAGAAAAACUUAAAAAAUCUUCUUGUCUAAAACUGCAAGGUGUAGAGCCUUGAUAUUUGGUAUGUGACAUCAUCUUAUGGUCCUCUAUCAAAUUUGUUUAAAUUGUGCCCCUGGGGUGAAAAGAGGCCAGCCCCGGGGGUCACAAGUUUUACAUAGACUUAUAUAAGAAAAAACUUUAAAAAUCUUCUUUUCUAAAACCACAAGACAUAGGACUUUGAUAUUUUGUAUGUAGCAUUGCAUUGUGGUCCUCUACCAAAAUUGUUCAAAUUGUGCCCCUGGGGUGAAAAGAGGCCCUGCCCCGGGGGUCUCAAGUUUUACCUAGACUUAUAUAAGGAAAAAACUUUAAAAAUCUUCUUGCCUGAAACUGCAAGGCCUAGGCUUUUGAUAUUUGGUAUGUUGCCUUUCCUAGUGUUUCUCUACCAGAAUUGUUCAAAUUAUGUCCCUGGGGUGAAAAGAGGCCCUGUCCUGGGUGUACCAAGUUUAUCAUAGACUUAUAUAGGAAAAAAAAUUAAAGGUCUUUUUGUAUGAAAGUUCAAGGCCCAGGCCUUUGAUAUUUGGUAUGUAGCAUUGCCUGGUGGAUCUCUAACAAGUUUGUUCAAAUUAUGCCCCUGGGGUGAAAAGAGUUAUGAGUUAUACAGGAAAAAAUACUUAAAAAAUUAUCAGAUCAUAUUUCCUAGAAUGUUUAAUUAUAAUUACCUGAUGACCCCAAGCAAUAAGGGAUCACUUGACUGUGACCUUGACCUACUGACCAACUUUUUUGUUUUUUAAGGUACAGCCUUGAAAUUUGGGUGACAUGUACAGUUGCACACCAAUCUUAAAACUGACUUUCAGUUACCUACUGACCUACCUCCUUAAUAUUUUAGCAUCAGUUUGCCAUUUGAAACAUGUGGCUCAUAUUACUCAGGUGAGCGAUCCAGGGUCAUCAUGACCCUCUUGUUAUUUGAACCAAGUCAGACAAAUCGUUUCAACAAGCAUUUGGCUGAACCAUCAAAAUACCAUCGAAUGUCAAAGGGUGAGAAAAAUGUGCAGUCAGUCCGGGGCUCGAACCCGGGACCCCUCGCUUACAGGGUGAAUACUCUACUGACUGAGCUAACUGGCUGCCUGACACCUUACGUGACCAAGUCCAUAACGUGACAUAUGAUUCCUCUCAAAACACGUGGGCGCAGUCAUGAUGUGGUCAUCAUAAGAAUUGUAAACAUGAAAAACCCAGGCUAAAUAUAAAUUUUUUAAACUUCUACUUUCACUUUCAAAAUGUUAAAAGCAAGGCUCUGAUUGGCUAGCGGUAGGGUAGUCAGAACGAGGCUAUCAAUAGCACGUCUUCAGAUCCAAAGCGUAGCGUUAAUUGGAGAUGUACUUUAGUCAGAUUGGGUAUAGAUACUAAUUGUUCAUUAUAAAAAAAAAUUGUUCAUUAUUCUACAAGCAUUUAUAGCUUAUAACAGCUCCACUGCCUUGUUUGAUAUAGGUAAAUUGUUGCAUCUGUGCUGUAUUAACAAGUUUCAGAUUGUGAGAUAUUAAAGAAGAUUUCAGCAUUUUCCUAAUUUCUUUUAAAUGCUUUUAAACAUUUUUCUGAAAUUUUGAUCCUUUGCAGUGUCAAUCAACUGAAGCAAGAUAACCAAUAUUGAUGUUUUAUUGUAUUCUCGAAAAAAUACAAAAUUGUUAAAAGAAUCCCUUGAAUGCUUUAUUUUUUUAUAGAUAAAAUUUCCAAAAAACUACAAAUAUAUGGGGUUUUUUUUUCUCCCAGACUUUAAAUUUUGAGAAAAACUACUUUUUACACUAGCUGUUUGGUAUGUAUCCUAAGGUUUGAUCUCUGCUAGGUCAUCCUAUCUCAGCACUGACAACAGUUUCUAGAAAAAAAAACUGCUAAAAUAUAUCUGCAGAAAUCGUCUUUAAAAUGUACAAAGUCAAAAGAUAAAGGACAUUCUUAGGUUAGCCAUUUGCGCCUCUUUCUACAAUUUUUGCUAGAUUGUAGUUACUGAUUCUGUUAAUACAGCAGCAUGAUUGAAAUUUACAGUGGCAAAUACUCUAUCAAAUAUUUUUGUUUUUGUGAUGAUAAAUUCAAAAUUAAUUUAAAGUAUUUUAGACAAGUAAAAAGUUCCUAUUACACUCUUGGAAUUCUUUAUAAUGAUUUAUGAUUUGAAUGGUAUUGUGUUACAUUUUAGGAAAAUUCCUGUAAAAAACUUGUAACGGAAAGGAUUGAGGCAAAAUUCAGACAUAUUUUGUUUUGAUAAAGCCAUCUGUGAUAUGUAUGUAAAUUUAGAAUUAUUUUUAUUCCAUUAUUUAGUCUAAUGUGUGUAUUUAUAAUUGUUUAUAGCUUUAUAUGGUUAGAUUAUUAACUUAUUGUGUAUUUAUUAAAUAAAGUUGUAAUGGAGUCGGACAAAGGAUGCCAAAAGAAGAAAGCACCAAAUGUCAUUUAAAUCUCAUAAAAAAGCAGGAUGCGUUUUUUUCCCUCAAAUGUUGUAAUUUACUUUGUCAUUUGAGUAUGAAAAGUAUGAUCUUAUUUUGUAUUUUCGUUUAGGUUGACGUAUUCAAUGAAAUUUUAGUAUACCCAUGAAUAUUGUGACUCUUUUAAAAAAGUAUUGCAGCAUUAUUUUGUUAUCUCUUUUUAUAUAAUAUUAUGUGGGAUAUACUGAUAUAAAGAAGUAUGUUCUCCAUGGCGAUAGGUUAAAAACAUUGCAUUUUUAAAGUCAUUCAGUCUCUACCGCUUAAUUAUGUUGAUGAGUUGUCAGUUACGUGCAGAGAACAGGCUUUAAGUACUAAAAACAAAUCCUGUACAUGUAUAUAAAGGACAGCCCGUUGAAAAUUGGCAUGAAAACCACCAAAACAAACAAACACUGCAACAGCUUAAUUCUUGUUUUAGAGAAUUCUGCUAAAUGUUAUUCAAAUUUUUAUUUAUAAGAUAUGCUUGCUGUAGGAGAUAUGCUUCAUGCUUUUUGAUCACUUGAAAUGGUUGAUCUACAUUACAUUUGUAUUAAAAUAGCUGUUAUUUUUCUAUGUUAGGUAUAUACCUUUUCAUUGUUAAUUUAUAGAGAUAAAGUUGAUUAAAACA